AUGGAUUUUCGGGAAGACAAUUCGUCCAAAGAAAUUAGGAAAGCCGACGAUGCAAGUAUCAUCUUCGAAAACACCGGAGAUCUUCUCAAAAGUAUGAAGAAUUUCGCUGGUAGCGUCGGAGAGCAGGAAAAGAAGCAUCCAUACGGAAAAGGAUCGAGUGCUGCAAGAACUUAUGGUGGUGGAAUGAAGAACUCAGCCAGCGCAUUCACUCGUUCCGGAGAUCAAUUCGACAAGUUGUUCGCUGCUUGCUCAGCUUUCAAAGAUCACAUCAACUCAGCCAUUCUUGCCAAACUUAUUAGUUUCAAGGAUAUCGAAUGGCUCUUGGUGUUCCUUUAUGCUUGUCUUGUAGUGGCCUUUGCCACGACUUCUUUUGGUUUGUAA